UACCGACAGCGUGAGUGGUCCGGGGCUUCUGGCCUGGCCCGGGCUGGGGGGCUUUCCUCCUGCUCCCCGCGCGCCCGACCUCCUCGGACCUUCGUGCACUGAAGGGCGUGGGCCGCGCAGGACGCCCCGCCGUCGGAGAACUCCGUAUCAGCGUGGGGGAGCUCGUUAGGGUGCAGAUGGCAGCUCCCUGCCUCCCCGCUGGGCCAGGAGCCGCCCGGGUUCCGCCCUCGGAACCAGCACCGAACCAGCACCUCGCGCGCUGAGGGCGGGCCUGGGACUCCAGCCCUGGCUGUCCUGUUCAGGAUUGCCUGCCUUCCAGGGCCUGCUGCGGGUCACUGCCUCCGAGGAGCCCUCCUUGACUCUGCCCACCCACCCCAGGGCAUCACUGGCCCUGGGCCAGUGUGGGGUCUCGAGUGGGUUUCGUCCCUUUCUGCCUCAGACAGCCUUGCGUGAUGGUGUUGCACUCCCAUUUUUCAGAGGGGGACGUUGAGGCUGGGGCUUAGGCCGGGUGCCCUGGGGUUCACACUGAGCUUUUGGCCUGCCUUCCUAAUCCAGUGGGGAGACGGGGCCUUGAGCCUGAGUUUAUUGGGUGUUGCCUGCGGGGCGACUCCACUGCCUGAAUCACUGCCAUUUCCUGAUUCCCUUCCAGUGCCAGAGCCUUCGGGACUUCCAGGGCACCACUUCUGUGGUGGGGCGACACGGGGGGGGGGGCGGAUAGUCCUAAGCUGUCGGACACUUGUAUUAGGGUCCUGUGUCCCUGGCCCACCUGUGGGGGCUCCCAUAUGCAGUUGAGGCUCCCUCCUCCUGGUCCGGGACUUAGUGCCUGAGGCAGAGACACUGGGACCCUGCGUCGUCGGUUCUGAGCCGGCUGUGGCUGACCCUGGACGGGCCAGGGAUGGCACUGAGCUGGGCGAGCAUAGCAAAUGGUGUGGGGGGUGUGUGUGGAGGCGGCUGGGUGCCUGGAGCCGGGCCCUGAUCUCAAGCUUCAGGGAUGAGAGAGGAGCCGGGUGCCCCAGAGGCCUCCAGUCCGCUGCACAUCCCGGCCGGCUAAAACAACCCUGGUGCGCGGACCCUGUUGGCCGCUGGACUGGCACUGCCCUCUGGACCUUGGGCUUGGGAGCUCAGGCGGGGACAUCGCCUCCAGAAGCUGUUUACUCCUUCUCUGUGGAAUGGGCUCCGGAGGCCGUCCAAGAGCUGGUCGGAUCCCAACUCUGCCUUCUCUGCCUGGCGGCUCCAGGAAGUCCUUCCAGCUCACAGAGCCUCAUCUUGUCUUGUAGAAAGGGGACAGUCCCCAAGCUCCCUUCUGGGUCACUGGGAGGACACGUGGUGGCUACAGUACCAGCAGCUGUCAUCCGAGGCAUAGGGCCUUGUUUGGAGUCUGCUGACUUGGCAACUGCCCGGUGCCCUCAUCCCCCCCUCCUGCUUUUUUUAGUGGCUUCACCGAGGGGCAGUUCACCCCUUUAAAAUGGACAGGUCUGUGGUUUUUAGGACAUUUGUGGGGUUGUGGAACCGUCAUCACAGUCUUGUUCCUGAACACUCCACCCACCCCCAAAAAAGCCCCGUCCCCAUUCGUAGUCAUUUCUUAUCCUCCCACCCCCGGCCCCCAUGAGCCCCCUUCCUGUCCGUGGAGGAGCCUGGUCUGGACGUGUCACACGCGUGGACUCAGCCCGUGUGGCCUUCUGUGUCUGGUUUCCUCCCUGAGUGUUGUGGGCUCGCGGUCUGUCCCCAGGGUGCAUGGGGACACCUCACACCUGCCGGCGGUCGGGGGAUUCUCCCGUGCGUGGGGGACCCACUGUGUGUGUCCAUUUAUCCAUCGAAGGACGCUUGGGCCAUGUCCACGUUCCAGGUGCCGUGAAGGCUCUGCUGAGAGCACACAUGUGCUCUUCUUGGUGAACGUUGUGUUCUCGGAGCUCCAGGCGCGUGGCUGGGUGUGGAGUGGAGCAGCCGCGGGUCAGACAGAGACGCUGGGGCUUUACGCAUCCUGCCUAGGGGCUGGCACCCCGGCCGGCAGUGUCCCGGAGCAGGCUUCUUUACUUGUCGCCUGUUCUGUUUUCAUCAGAGUUGUACUCUCGGAGGGGCAGGUGGGGCGCGUAUUUUGCCGUGGAGACCUGGAGCUUUCGGGGUCCAUGCGGGCUGUGGGGUCCUGGGCGUGGCGUGUGCUGGGGGCAGAUUCAGAGUCGGCACCGUGGGCCCUGCUGUGGGUCCUGCCUGGCACGGUACCGUGAGUGUGGGAGGCCCUCCACGCCUUCCAGUCCUCGUGGCUGCGGCCUGCACCCGGGCUCUGCACGCUGGCCAGACGUGUAUCGUGAGCUCAGGACAUAGCCUGCAGGGUGAGGCCGUCCCCUGCCUCCCAGCGGGUCUGGCUAGUGAACACCCGCGUUGGGGCGGCCGGGGAGUGGGCUGGAGGCAUGUCAUGAGACGUGGAAGCCCACGGUUGUCAGAGGUGAUUCCAGUGCUUCCCUGUCCACAGGGAGGGAGGCAGGAGGGGGCCGGUCUGCCCCGGAUGCCAGCCAGCUGUGUGGUGUGGGCGUGUGGGGGCAGCAAGGAUCCCCCAUGGUCGCGUCGAGAUGACCAGGAAUUGGGGUCUGACGUUAUCCGUGGCGGUACCGACCGACAGGGGCACGAUGCGAGGUACGGAUGUGAUGUUACAUGUUCUAGAAGCCACCGUUCCCAAAGCGCAGAGAGGCAGGUGAAACAAGUGCUGUCACCUGGCAGACGGUCGGCGUGAAGACGAGUCCUGAGACCGUCCGUGUUCUUUUUCUCACUGGGUGAGACCUGGCUUGCAUGUCCACAGUGGCCCGUGUCCCAGGGAGACAGAACGUCAGUGCUGGGCUGAGUUCUGCAGACCAGGACUUGGCGGGAUGUGAGCACGAGCACGGCCACCGGUGCACUCCGUGUGCGCGGACUCGGACGAGCCUUCGGAUUCCGCACGCUCCCGGGACCUGGGACGGACUUCUGCGCUCUGCCGGGGCCUCUGCAGCUGACGGAUGAAUGUCUGCUCCGAUCUCUGUCUCCCACAGUCAGAGCCGUGCCGAGGAUGGAGGCAGCCCCGGGCCUCGGGGAGCAGCGCGUGGACGGCAACACCGGGAGCCGGGAGCCGGAGCCUGAGCCCAUGCCGUGGCAAGCCCUCCCGGUCCUGUCCGAGCAGCAGUCCAGGGACGUGGAGCUGGUACUGGCCUACGCCGCGCCCAUCCUGGACAAGCGUCAGACGUCGCGGCUUCUCAAGGAGGUGUCGGCCGUGCACCCGCUGCCCGCGCAGCCUCACCUGAAGAGGGUGCGGCCCAGCCGCAGUGCCGGCCCGCAUGCGCUCGAGAUGCUGCUGUGCCUGGCAGGGCCGGCCGCAGGGGCCAGGUCGCUCACCGAGCUCCUCCCGCAGCCGGCCGUGGACCCUCAUGGCCUGGGACAGCCCUUUCUGGUGCCCGUGCCGGCCCGGCCACCCCUGACCAGAGGCCAGUUCGAGGAGGCGCGUGCCUACUGGCCCACGUCCUUCCACGAGGAUAGGCAGGUGACUCGCGCCUUGGCCGGGCGGCUGUUCUCGGUGCAGGAGCGCACGGCGAUGCAGGCCCACAUGGAGCGGGCCGUGUGGGCAGCGCGCCAGGCAGCCGCCAGGGGCCUCAGGGCGGUGGGAGCCGUGGUGGUGGACCCGUCCUCUGGCCGCGUGCUGGCCACGGGCCACGACUGCAGCAGUAGAGCCCGCCCCCUGCUGCACGCCACCAUGGUGUGUAUUGAUCUGGUGGCCCAGGGCCAGGGCCGUGGCGCCUAUGACCUUGGCCCCUUCCCUGCCUGCUCCUUCGCCCCGGCCGGCGCCCCCCAGGGUGUUCGUGUGGGCUCUGUGCGCAAGCUGGACGAGGAUGGGGACGCGUGCACGGACAGCCUCCCCUAUGUGUGCACAGGCUAUGACCUGUACGUCACCCGGGAGCCCUGUGCCAUGUGCGCCAUGGCCCUGGUGCACUCGCGUGUGCAGCGCGUCUUCUACGGCGCACCCUCGUCCGACGGCGCCCUGGGCACCCGCUUCCGCAUCCACGCCCGGCCCGACCUCAACCACCGCUUCCAGGUGUUCCGUGGGGUCCUGGAGGCCCAGUGCCGCCAGCUGGACCCUGGCUCCUAGGCACCGA